AGUCGAUUGUCAACAUUCAGUACGAUCAGACUCAUUAGGUUAAUUUUAGUUACAAAGAUUAUUAGUUUUAUUUUAUAAAGUACAAUCUACAAAAUUAAUUAACAAAAUGACUACGUUUAAGCAAGUUCCUCUCACGUGUGGUGGCCAUACUAGACCAGUCGUACACUUGGAUUUUAGUGACGUUACAAAAGAUGGAUAUUAUUUGAUUUCUGCCUGCAAAGAUGGUAAGCCUAUGUUGCGGCAGGGUGAGACAGGAGACUGGAUUGGUACAUUUGAGGGUCAUAAAGGUGCAGUGUGGGGGGUAGCGCUGACACAAAAUGCAAACUUAGCUGCUAGCGGAGCAGCUGACUUCUCAGCUAAAUUAUGGGAUGCAAGAUAUGGAGAUGUUGUGCAUACGUUUGACCAUGAACAUAUAGUGAAGAGUGUAAAUUUCAAUUCUGAUGACACUAUGCUACUCACUGCUAGCAAUGAGAAACUUAUCAGAGUGUUUGAUCUCAACAAACCUGAAGCUGGACCCUUGGAGAAGUAUAAUGCACAUACAAGCAGCAUUAGGCAUGCAGUGUUUCUCCACAAUUCACGUAUCGUCAGUUGCAGUGAUGACCUCACAAUGCGCGUAUGGGACCGUAACAGUGGACAGGAGGUGCACAAAAUUGAAUUUCCAAGCAUUCCAAAUAGCUUAGAAUUAUCCAGAGAUGGAGCCAUAUUAACUGUAGCUUAUGGUACAAAUGUGGCGUUUUACACGUCAGACUCUAUGAGAAAAAUGCGGGAAUUCCCCGUACCCACAAAGUGUUUCUCUGCUUCCCUCGCGCCGAGCCGGGCGACGUUUGUCUGCGGCGGAGAGGACCUGAAGGUCUACAAGUUUGACUACAACACUGGCACUGAGCUAGAAUCGAACAAAGGGCAUUUCGGACCAGUUCACUGCGUGCGAUGGUCUCCCGAUGGUGAAUUGUAUGCGACCAGUUCAGAAGACGGAACAGUGAGACUGUGGCAAGGAGUGCCGGGCCGCGUGUACGGACUGUGGAGGCGUAGUAACGACCACCAGCCCAUGGCCAACGGGUUCAAGGAAGUGGCCGCCGCUAACUGACCCGCGUCCCCCACUCGCCAGGACAAUGAAGAGUGUGAGUGCAAUCCAAAUUGAUCAGUAUCGGUUCACGUCUGCGGCGGUCACCGAAUAUGUGUAUUUUGGACUUGAGAAGUUUAGCCUGUCAAAAAUCGAGACUUUUAUAUCUAAACGUCGACAGUGUUUGUGUUGUUUUUUUUUUAUUUAAUUUUUUCGCAACACUAGUUUUUAUACUCAAAAGCAAUGUAUUUAUUGUAAAAAGGAACUAAUAGACUUGAUAUGCAACAAAAUAAAGUGAUUUGU